AUGUUCGUCACCAAACCGCUAAACUCUAGCGUGGCCACGGCAGUGGAGGCUCCCAUGCACGGGCCAACGGUGGAGGUGCACCUCAGCGAUCACAGCGAUCUUCCGAUCGGAACACGAACCCCAACCCAUUCCGUUUUAACGCCACAGUAUCUGAAAUCGGCCGAGCGUAUUCGCAACUUGCCCGUCUACGAGGAUGACGUUUGGGUCCUGAGUUACCCCAAGUGUGGAACGACCUGGACACAGGAAAUGGUUUGGUUGGUGAGCCACGAACUGGACUACAAAACGGCGUCCGAUGUGAACCUGCUCGAUCGUUCCAUCUUUCUUGAGUUCUCCACGUUUGUGCUCAACUAUCCAGGCGAUACGAUCCAUCAGGUGGAAGAAGCUAGCCGACCACGGCACAUCCAGUGUCACCUACCGAUGGCGCUGCUUCCCAAGCAAAUCUGGACGGUGCGACCACGUCUCGUCUACUGUGCCCGUAACCCGAAGGACGCGACGGUCAGCUUUUACCAUCACUACCGUCACAUUCACGGCUACGAGGGAACGAUGGACGCGUUUCUGGAGGCCAUCCUCACCGAUCAGGUCCUGUUUGGACCCCAAAUACCCCACACGCUGGACUUUUGGGCCAUCCGGCGAGAGAUGAACAUCCUUUUCGUUCACUUUGAAGACAUGAAAACGAACAUGUCCGGAGUUCUGCGGAGAGUUUGCCGAUACUUCGCAAAAUCUUACACCGAUCAACAGCUGAUCGAGCUGGAGAAACACCUCUCGUUCGAUGUGAUGAAAAACAACAAAUCGGCCAACAACUCGUGUGUUUUGGAGCUGGCGGAAUCCCUGUCGGGCAAAAAGGUGGAAAACUUUCAAUUCAUGCGAAAAGGACAAAUCGGAUCGUAUCGGGAAGAGCUAUCAGCCGAAUACAUUGCCAGGCUCGACACGUACAUCGAGCGACAUCUCGCCGACAGUGACUUCCAUUUCAGUGGUUAAAAAUAUCUUUAAAAUAAAAGAUUACCCCCUGAAUGGUUCGAAAAUGUGCGGUUCACGCACGGCAAGAUACGAUUGUUUAACACUAACACACACGCACGGUGAAACCACGAUUCCGAACACACACGAACA